AUGCGUAUACUACUGAAUACUGGUCGUAGAGUGAACGAUCCUUUAAAUCAUAACUCUAUCAGUGAAUCCAAAGAACCUGUUCCUAUGUAUUAUCCGGGUGAGCAAUUUAUAAAGCAAGAAGUCAUAUAUGUUGAUGAAUCUCACGAUGAUGGUGGAUUUAUUUUCAAUGACUGUAAUGAUCAUACAAUUGAUAAUUUUAUUCAAGAAAAUUCAGUAAUUAAACAUGACGAAAACGAGAAAUUGGCCGACGAGCUAAGCGAACCCGGUAAAUCAGUUCGUGAUAAAAUAAUGGUUCACUGCCAAACAUGUAACAUAACUUCGGAAAAGCCAGCGUGCUACAAGACCCGAACUCCCCACUGCGGUACUUGUAAUACUGUUCUAACCUGGUGUUGCGUCGUAUGUAACCGUCAAUAUGCCUUAUAUGAAAGUGCUCGCAGUCACGUUCGUUUCGCCUGUUGUGGACGCAAUCCACUAUAUUGUUCUCAUUGUAAUUUCACGUCGACGAACAAAUACAAUCUUCUGUCUCAUUUAAAAAACGUGCAUGCCGAAACCGAUUUACCAAGCUGGCAUCGAUGCAUCCGCUGUAAGCGUCAAUACAAGCAUAGAAAGCACCUGCAACGGCAUGAACGCAGUUGUGGUAGAGUACCACAUAUCAAGUGCCGUUGGUGUGGAUACAGGUGCAAGAGGAAUGAUCAUCUCACUCAACACAUGAAACAUAAACAUCCUGAUAUGAAUGCAGAUGAGAGCAGAGUUAUGACUUAUGUUUGUCCUGGAUGUAGCAAAAAAUACAAAUACAAAACAUCGCUGGGGAGUCAUAUGAAACAGUGCCUUGAGUACAAUAGUCAGUCCAUUGUUGGUAUCCCAUCUGUCAUUAAUGUUAUCUCACUUGCCAAUAAUACCAUUUGAAUUUCAUUAUUUCUUAUGUGUGUAGAUUUAAAAAUUAAUUUUUUACAUAUAUUUUCAUUAAUUUUUAUGAAAUAUUCAUUGUGUGAAAAAAUCUAUUAAAUUUUUGGCAUACGUAUGCGAACAAACUAAUAUGUGGGGUUAAAAAUAUUUGAUGUGUGAUGAUUGUCUGAAUAUCUUUAAACUUUCCUUUAUGAAAUAUUAUAAUUUCGCAAUAUCGAUAUAAAUAAUAUCUUCGUAUAUGUAAGAUGAAUUUAUAUUCAAUAAAAAGAA